GGUCUACAGUCAUAAUAGGCAGAGAGGCGGGGCGACGCUAGUGUCUUGGUAGAUUCUGGAACCUCAUGCCCACGCUAUGGAGAAAGCAUCGCAACUGAAAGACCAAGGAAACAAGGCGCUGAGCGCAGGAAAUGUUGACGAGGCAGUUAGGUGCUACACUGAGGCCCUGACAUUAGACCCUUCCAAUCACGUCCUCUUCAGCAACCGCUCUGCCGCCUAUGCCAAGAAGGGCGACUAUGACAAUGCCCUGAAAGAUGCCUGCCAAACCAUAAAGAUUAAGCCAGAUUGGGGCAAGGGCUACUCAAGAAAAGCAGCUGCUUUGGAGUUUCUUGGGCGACUAGAAGAUGCCAAAGCAACCUAUCAGGAGGGGAUACGCCAAGAGCCGUCCAAUCAGCAACUCAAGGAGGGACUUCAGAGCAUUGAAGCUCGCUUAGCUGAGCGAAAGAUGAUGAACCCAUUUUCCAUUCCCAACUUGUAUGAAAAGCUGGAGGGUGACCCUCGAACCAGAGCGCUCUUGUCUGACCCCAGCUACAGGGAGCUGCUGGAGCAGCUCAGGAACAAGCCCUCAGAGCUUGGCACAAAACUGCAAGACCCUCGUGUAAUGACCACUCUCUCGGUGCUGCUGGGGCUGGAUCUAGCUGGCAUGGAUGAAGAAGAGGAACCGACUCCACCCCAACCCCCUAAACCCAAAGAGACGGCUCCGCCUCCUCCCAAAGAGGAAGACCUGCCAGAGAACAAGAGAAUGGCUUUGAAGGAGAAGGAACUGGGAAAUGCAGCAUAUAAGAAGAAAGACUUUGCUACUGCACUGAAGCACUAUGAAGAAGCCCUAAAGCACGAUCCCACCAACAUGACCUAUCUGUCAAACCAAGCAGCUGUGCAUUUUGAAAAGGGGGACUUUGAUAAAUGCAGAGAGCUUUGUGAGAAAGCCAUUGAGGUGGGAAGAGAGAACCGGGAAGAUUACAGACAGAUUGCCAAGGCAUACGCCAGGAUCGGUAACUCUUAUUUUAAGCAGGAGAAGUACAAAGAGGCAGUCCAGUCUUUUAAUAAGAGUCUGACAGAGCAUCGCACACCUGAGGUCCUCAAGAAAUGCCAGCAGGCAGAAAAGAUUUUAAAGGAACAGGAGAAGCAGGCCUACAUUAAUCCAGAUUUGGCCCUGGAAGAAAAAAACAAAGGAAAUGAUGCCUUCCAGAAGGGCGACUAUCCUUUGGCCAUGAAACAUUACUCGGAGGCCAUCAAGAGAAACCCUUACGAUGCAAAACUCUUCAGCAACAGAGCUGCCUGUUACACCAAACUACUGGAGUUCCAGCUGGCCCUCAAGGACUGUGAGGAGUGCAUUAAACUGGAUCCAAACUUCAUUAAGGGUUACACACGCAAGGGAGCUGCACUGGAGGCGAUGAAGGACUUCUCUAAAGCAAUGGAUGUGUACCAGAAAGCUCUUGAGCUUGACUCCAAUUCAAAGGAGGCCACAGAGGGUCUGCAGCGCUGUAUGGUGAGCCAAGCAAUGCGUAACGACAGCCCAGAGGAUGUGAAACGGAGGGCCAUGGCCGACCCAGAGGUGCAGCAGAUCAUGAGUGAUCCUGCCAUGCGCAUGAUCUUAGAGCAGAUGCAGAAAGACCCACAGGCCCUCAGCGAUCAUCUAAAGAACCCCGUCAUCGCUCAGAAAAUUCAGAAACUGAUAGAUGUUGGGCUAAUAGCAAUUCGGUGAUCAAAGGAACCAGAAGAAACCCCAGGACAUUAUUCAUCUACAGAACAGCUACAGGAAGUCUACAAAGGAUGGCGGCGUUCCAAACAACAUAUUAAACGGUCACCUUAACCCUUCUCCUCCAACUCAUUCCAAUUUUUUUUUUUAAGCCUUAAUUGGAUUAAAAAAGUGGCCAAUUGGUAUUGCCUCAGCACUACAUUCACUAUCAUCAGUUGUCAUGGUUUUCAGACGUUUUAUUGUUUCUACAUUAAUGUAUUAAAGAGUGGGGUUUGGACCUUCACAUUAAACACA